GCAAGACAAAGACAUGAUCGACAUUUGAAUUGAGGUUUCCUCUCUCUGCUUACUGUCUGAGUGGAAAGCUUUUAUCAAGAUGAAGCCGUGAAACCAUCUCGAACACGUGCGUAGAGCAGGCACUUUUGCCACAACAUGACUACCACGUCGGCCAAUUCUUCGUCAAUACUUCACUGGGCAAAGCUGCUCAGAUUCACUCCACUUGCCACAACCUCACCAUCAUGUCGGCACUAAACCAACAGAUCAACUGGACCAUCACCAUGGCUGACAAUCUCGAGCAAGUCAAGAAGCGUGGCAAAAUCAAGCCCUUGAUGAAGCACAGGCAUUACGAGAACGAAGACGAGGUAUCGUCCAAGCAGGAGCAGAAAGACACCACUCCCAAAGUCUGGACCACCCUGCCUAUUUACCUUCCGGAUGAAAUUAUCAUCCAAAUCGUCGAAUACGUCUCUCACUUUCGUUCCGCCCAACUCACACUUGCUUCCUGUUGCCGGCUCUCCCGUCAGUGGUACUCCGCCUCUGUUCCCUACCUUUACGCAAUCCCCUACGUUACCGGCAAGAACUUCGAUGCGUUUGUCCGCGCCAUUUGUCCCUCUAUCAACCUGCACGUCCGCAAAAGUCCAUUGGCCGAGUUCGUCAAGGUCCUCAACAUGUCACACCUGGUGCAUUCCGGGAGCAAAGCCACGACCGCUCGCCUCUUGGGUCGCACAAAGGGGAAUUUGGAAGAGUUUGUUGCGCCCCAAGCCAGUUUUGGAACGAAUUGCUUUCCUGCUCUGGGGAAAAGCCGGAAUUUGAAGGUCCUGGAUCUAAGUCUUGUGAGCGAGAGCCCACCUUUGAUGGACCUGUUCAAAACGAUUGGGCAUUUGGCCAAACUUUCGCAUUUACGGCUGCCGCGCAGCGCAGGUUUCAGUCAAGGCUUCCACGCAGAAGCGAUGACAUGGCCACCGAAUCUGGAGGAUCUAUGCCUGAGCGGCGGCAUCGACGUGCAUUUCCUGCAAGGCGUUGUGUCGUUCCCCGAGACUUUGCGAAGUCUGACGGUUGAGCAUUGUCCAAUGGCUAAGACAGGCGCGAUCUUGCAUUUGUUGAGGACGGCUGUGCGGCCACUGCCAAAUCUGGAGAUUCUGAGAUUAUCGAAUCUGCCUAGACUGAUGGGCAGUUCACUGGAUGACGUCUUGGUUGUCUUGCCUGGGCUGACGAAGCUGAGUAUCAGCGUGGAUUACAUCACUCCUCAGGUAUUCGAUUUGGGUGCAGAUCGAGGGCAUGAGUUGCCAGAGAUUUGGUUGCCUCCUGGCCCUAGGCAUGGGGCCGAUCCGCAUUGCCAACUGAGGACACUGGAACUGACGAACUCGGGCAACCCAGGCGUUGAAGACAAGAUCACGCCGAUCGAUGUAUUGAUCGCGGUGGAGGAUGGCUCGUUACCAAAGUUGAGGCAGGUCAGAGUUGCGAAGAGCUUAUUUUGGCAGUCCGGAUCGAAUGCGGACGAGACUGCGGCCUUGAGCGACGCCUUGCAGGAUGCUGCAGUGAAGGCUGGUGAUGCCGAGGAGAUGGAAAGCGGCGUCUGGACGUUUGAUGGCUGAAGACUGGCGUACAGAAGCUGAACACAUCAAAACCCUCUAUCUUUUCACGAAGUGCAGGAAGGCCGCUCGACCUGAUCUCGUGAUCAUGUCGAGAUCUCCACGUCAGGCUGUGGUAGCAAAGCUCCUAUCCGAUGUUGGGCGAACAGCGAGUCCUUGUGCGGGCUGUGCGCAUCGAAGGUGGUCAGCUAGCUGGCCCGCCCGUCUCGUGUCACCAGCGCAAAAAAUAUCUUCAAUGGACAUGGCUGCGGGAGACAGCACCCAUGAGUUCAACGAGCCAUGGGUACACGAAUCACUGUCCGUAUCAGACGUGCAAACGAACUCGGAGGAAGCCAGUCUCGGAAGGCAAGCACUGUGAUGCGACUCAAUUUCGAGAACCAAAACGCUGCAAUGCAUCUCACACAAUGCUACUCUGGCGUAUAUUGCAGCUGUUGUUGCAAGCGACAGUAGCCUAAGGCAUUGAUAGCACAUGACAGAGAGCUAGCCUUGCUGGUGAGAACUACAGUACUUUGAAGAAGGUACCUCGGCUUCCCUUCCUCCGGUGGCAUGCUUUGUGGUAUGCAAGGUGUAGCUACGCAGAUCCACUCCGCGCUUG